UUCAUUACGGUAGUAACACUACUUAUUUUGUGGUAAAACGAGAUUUCAAUUAAUCUUGCAGUCUAGUUAGAGCGAUCUAACCUCGGAGGAUUUAACAACUGGAGUCGCCUUUAAGAGCUUACCCCUCCGUCGAAACGAAAUAACUGUGCCAGUGGUCAUAUGUAUAGACUGACGUUUAUCCGCCGUUUAUACAUUUGAUGUGCCCCUCCCUCGCAAAAAUUGGCAGUGUGUUUUACAGAUAAUUACAGAUAAGGCCUCUCCAGUUGUUAAAUCCUCCAAGGAUGUAACUGUUAACUACACCCAUAUAAUAUUGGCCAAGGUUGGCCAAUAAUCUAAGUGACUAUAAUGUUGGUAGCAUUGUUGCUUACACUAAAGAGAGCGCGGCGACCUCACCGAGACUAUUUAACAAUGACAGACGUCAUUUUAUAUUCAACCUUCAAAAUAUUUUAUUACAUCUAUUUACAAAAGAAUAAUGAACGCAAAUAUGCAAAAUCUUGUCUGUUGUCUUAUUUUCUUUUCAGAGUUCCGAGGGAUCAAGGGAGACUUUGUUAAUAAUGGAGAAGAGGAAAAUAUUGCAUCAGUAUCACGGUCAUUUUGGGAUGAACACAAUUUUGGAGACAGUGUAAUUACAGUACCGGAUGGGUCUGAGGACGAUGAAGAUUUUGAUGAUUAUAGACUAAGGAAAAGUUCAGUGGAAAAUUUAAAAUUAUAUAAAGAAUUUUUAGAGGGAAAAAAGAAAGUAAAUAAGUCCAAUGAGAUGGUAUUGCAGAUCAAAUCAAGAGAAAGGAGAGAUGAUUCAUUGGAUAUACUCGAGUGUCUACAGUGUCACGGCUCAAACUCAGGAAUUAAUAUAAGUAUUGAUUAUGAAAACUGCUACAAAGGUAUCAAUGUGUCAUCGGUCGAAUGCGGUACAGAUUUUACUCGGGAUCAUCAAGAAUGUUUUAUAGAACUUCAUCCUUUUUAUAUAAAGCGAGGUUGUUAUAAUCCUCUUAAACUUAAUGUAACAUUUUAUUGUAAAUGCACACUUUGUAACGACAAACCAGGUGAAAAACGCGAGUACUUCGUAUAUCAAAAUAUAAAGGAUUGGGCCUUUGACAACAGAAGACUGCAACAACCAAACUUGCCAGGUGUUAUUGCAGCGUGUAAAUAUUGCAACACGACUGGUGCUGGUUACUUUCAAACUUGCCUGGACGGCACCAGUGUAGAGUAUACAAUUUGCGAUGAAGGACAAAUGUGUUUUACUCAAAUAGAAAAAGCUAAAGGGUCAAUAAGCCGUGGAUGUGCUAAUAAACCAGCCUACAACUCUUUCUUCGCAUUUUGCAAUCAAAGCUAUUGCAACGACAAAAACUAUUGGGAUUCUGAUGUAGCAUUUCAAUUUGCGAAACGAAGAAACAGGACGCGCAUGAUUUCAGUAAUUUCAGUUUCUUUAACAGGAUCUAAUACAGGACGUAAAAUGAACGAAAUACUGCUUCUCAUUCCUUUGAUAAACCUAUAUAAUAUGUUAAUACUCUUUGAAACAUCUUCGAAAUAAUUACUUUUGACAGUCAGGAA